AAGUCGUACGCGAUCGACGAGUUGUUGGAAGAUGAAGGCCGCGAUCAUUAGCACCCUGCUCUUUGGGGCCGACGCGCUCCAGCCGACCAAGCCCGCGGUGGCCCAGAAGCUCGCCACGGACGUCGCGGCGGGCAUCCUCGCCGCCGGCGUGUCCUUCGCCGGCCCGGCCGUGCUCUCGGCCAACGCCAUCACCUCCGAGGUGCGCAACCAGCUCUCCUACGAGCAGGUCAAGGGCACGGGCCUCGCGAACCGGUGCAACGAGGUCGUCGGCAAGGACUCGAUCUCGGUGCCCGGCUCCGGCUACUCGCUCGUCGACGUGUGCCUCGAGCCCAAGACGUGGCAGGUCGAGGAGCAGGUCGCGAACAAGAAGGGCGACGUGUCGAAGCAGUUCGUCAACACCAAGCUCAUGACGCGCCAGACGUACACGCUCGACGGCAUCUCGGGCAAGCUCUCCGGCGGCUCGGGCAUCACGUUCACCGAGGAGGACGGCAUCGACUACGCGCCGACGACGGUGCAGCUCCCCGGCGGCGAGCGCGUGCCCUUCCUCUUCACGGUCAAGGAGCUCGUCGCCAAGGGCAACGGCGGCGCCUUCAAGCCCGGCUACGAGUUCGGCGGCACGUUCAAGGUGCCGUCGUACCGCACGGGCCUCUUCCUCGACCCCAAGGGCCGCGGCAUGACGACGGGCUACGACCAGGCCCAGGCCCUCGCCGCGUCCCAGACGGGCACGGACUCCCAGGGCGAGCUCGAGGGCGAGAUCAACAAGGUCUUCGACGUCUUUGACGGCACGAUCGAGUUCGCGGUCUCCCAGGUCAACGCCGCCGAGGGCGAGAUCGGCGGCGUCUUCGUCUCCUCCCAGGCGAGCGACACGGACCUCGGCUCCAAGACCCCCAAGAAGGUCCUCUCCAAGGGCAUCUUCUACGGCCGCGUCGUCAAGGACUAGGCCGCGGAUGGGCCUGCCGGCGCGCUGCCGUCCGAGCGCGCCGGGCCAACCGACCUCGACGCCGCGUCCCCGCCUCCGCGCGCGAACGCGGCGCCGCCGCGAGGAUCGUACAUGACUCCUAUCACUCGCCU